GUUUGGCCGCUCUGCCGGCCCGUAGCGGCAGCGGCUCCGGGCGGGAAGCGCGAGCGGGCCAGAGGAGCGAUUCCCGGCUCAGGUAUGCCUGAACACCAGGGGAACGAUGGCAAAAGCUCCAGCAGCAGCAGCAGUUCCAGCACUGGCAGCUCAGGUGCUUCCUUCGGACAGUACCACUACACAGCCAGUGAAUACCAAGCCAUCCAGCACGCUCUUCGUCAGAGACUGGGUCCGGAUUACAUCAGCAGUCGGCAGGCUGGAGGAGGACAAAAGGUCUGUUACAUUGAGGGUCACAAGGUCAUCAGUCUGGCCAACGAGAUGUUUGGCUUCAACGGCUGGGCCCAUUCAGUCACUCGGCAGAACGUUGACUUUGUUGACCUCAACAACGGCAGGUUCUAUGUGGGUGUCUGUGCCUUUGUCAAAGUUCAGCUUAAGGACGGGUCAUACCAUGAAGAUGUGGGAUAUGGAGUCAGCGAAGGCCUGAAGUCCAAGGCCUUAUCCUUAGAAAAGGCAAGGAAGGAGGCAGUAACAGAUGGACUGAAGAGGGCGCUCAAGUGCUUUGGGAAUGCUCUUGGGAACUGCAUCCUAGACAAGGACUACCUACGAGCUGUGAAUAAGCUUCCACGUCAGGUAAUUCCUGAGUUAAAUUUGGUCAAAGCUAAAGUACAGGACUACGAGCCUGAAAUAGAGAAAGCAAGAUACACCAGCUAUUUGGAAAGGCAGAACAUUGCAGGGAGACAGCACUGUGAGGUGGCAUCUCACUGUGAGCCUGGUCAGACAGAGACUGCUGUGGUGACAGUAGAUGAGAAACAGCCAAAUGGUCCCAGGGACAGGAACACAGACUCUUUGGCCACGGAGUGUGAUGCCACUUACCAGCGGAAACUGCGACAGAGGCAGCUGCAGCAACAGUUCCGGGAACAGAUGGAGAGAAAGCAUCAGGUUCCAGCAGUUACUCCCAACAGCAAACAGGCCACAUCUGAUCCUCCCAAUAUAAAGCACAGCACUCCAGCAGCAGUACAACAGGAGCUAGCAAUAGAAGAGGAGUUCUUUGCAGAUGACCCUGAACUCUGGGACAUUUCCUUGGAGAGCACUGAUCUGAAGGUAACAGGUGCCCAAAUGGCAGACCCGUUGUCAGUCGGACACCAGACACCUAAAACAGCCCCUGGACAUCACCCAAUGAGGAUCCGCAAUAGGACACCCCACAGAACCAACCACCACAAAGCCUCUGCCAGACCUGCACAGCUGCAGGCACCUGCUACAGCCACGAGCAACAGCACUGACAACCAGCAUAGCCCAGGGUGCAGCCCCCGCAGGAGGAGUCAGAGCUUGAAGAAAAGGAGACUGGAACCUCUGUAA